AUGCCUACGAUGAUGCCAAAGUACGACUCGCAGCCCAGCACCAAUGGUCGGCGGACUAGCAGCGGAGACCUGGCGCGGACAAAGAUCCUCCUCCUGGGUCAGCGCAGAACGGGCAAGACAUCCAUCCUCGACGUGCUCUUCAACGACUGCGGCCCCAAGGACACGCUCUACAUCGAGCGCACCACGCGCGUGACCAAGCACACCUACGACACAGUCAUACCACUUGAGAUAUGGGACUGCCCAGGAGACAUCACCCUUGAGGCCCUCGAGGCCCUCGACACGCCGCUGUCCCACUUUGCCACCAUCAUCUUCGUCAUGGACAUCCAGGAUCUCUACCAGCCCCCGAUCACGAAGCUCGUCAGCUUCGUCAUUGCAGCGUAUGACCAGAGUCCACAAACUAACCUCGAAGUCUUCGUGCACAAGGCAGAUGCGCUCUCAGAGGAGUACAGGAUCGACAACUAUCGCUUCCUCCAGCAGCACAUCCUCGACGAGUUAAUCGACAUCUCAUCCGAAUACGAGCAGAUCCAGAUGAACUUCGCGCUCACGUCGAUCCACGACCACUCUCUGCACGACGCCUUCUCUCGCACGCUGCAUAAGUCUAUCGAGUCGCUUCCGUAUCUCGAAGAUCUCCUGAACAUCUUCUGCUAUAAUUCGCAAUCAUCCAAGGCCUUCCUGUUUGAUCUUAAAUCACGUCUGUAUGUGGCGACGGACGCGUCGCCGGUCGACCCGCCCACGCACAACCUCUGCAGCGACUACCUGCUCAUGCUAAACUCAUUUGGGCCUCUGUACAGCUCACAUCCGGCAUCUGCACCCCGCUCGCCAUUCCUCUCGUCCACGCGCCCAUCUGCACUUGCCCCCACCAUCAAUACCGCAGAUAACACCCGCCAAGCCCCCAUUACCAAAACACUAUUUUACCCGAGCGCAGGGAUGACGCUCACGUAUCAACUCAUCACGCGCAAGCUCGCGCUACUGGCGAUCAUUCCUAGUGCGGUGUUCGAGGCGCGCCGCGGACUGGUAGAAUACAAUGUCGUGUUUUUCCGAGAAGGCGUGCAGGAGAUUUGCGAAGUAGAGGACGAGGCGAGGGGUGGAGGCGGUUAG